AAAAGGUAGAGCAGCAAAGAUUACAAUUAGAAGAGCAAGAACGGCAGGUUGCACAAUUGCGUGCACGGAUCACACUUCUUGAAGGAAAUCCAGGCCCUUCAACUCGGGGUCAAGGAGGCAAUACCGUUGACGAUUUCUCAAUCAAGGUAUUUACCAGUUGGAUUGCAAGAGGCGACUGAUUUUACGCUAUGUCGUCCGAGCACCUCCAGCCCCACUCCAAGAAAUCUGUGCCUCUAUUCUAAAUGAUGUUGUCAACGGGUUGGAGGUGACCCAGGUGGAAACGACGCCGAUGCAGGUCCAGUGUUACCUGCGGCAUGCGAUGGCUGAAACGAUCUCAGAAGGAAUUAUCAAUUGCCUCAUCGUUACCAACUCGAGCGAGGCGAACGUUCAGCUAACUCGAAUCCACGAGCACAUAUUCGCCCGUGACCCUACUGUUGCUUGUGUUUGGCGCCGCCAGACCUUUUCUGCCGCUGUUGAAUCGUGUACGCCGGACAUGUCCCUCAGUGUUCUGUAUGAGCAGAUACCGGAAUUGAUGAAGCUCCUCAACGCCAGAAUACCAGCUUCGGGCGGCGUAUCUAUUCUCGACUCUGCAUACGCCUUCUCUCGCAUGUUGCAUGGCUCGGGAUCCAGCUCCAGUGAUGCAUUCUAUCGCGCCUUUGUUCCAGAACUAGGAAGUACGCUAUAUCCGCGGCAGAUCGAACUUGUCAAACGAUGUUUGAAGAGUGAAAGAGGCGAGUUAGAUCGAGUUGGAGCCACGAUUUUCCCUGGCCUGGUUAAGGUUUCAAGGGGACCUGCUUCAGUUCCGGGGCAGCCAGAUGAAAACAUUCAAACGGUUGUAAGGCGGGCACAGGUUAUCUGUGAAUGCGCAAUGGGAGGUUCUUCUUUGCCAUCGCAGCCCACACCGCAACCGUAUCCGCAGGAUAAUAUGCAGCAAGGACCAGCCCCUCCUUUUCCGCCGCAAGGGACGCCAGGUUUUGCUCAGACCAACAUGCAAGGAGUACCACCGUCUCCCGCACAAUUUGCCCAAGGUGGACCUGCCCCGCCUUUUGCUCAGAAUGGGAUGCAGGGAGGACCUGCCCCGCCAUUCUCUCAACAAGGAGGAACAUACCCGCAAAACGACAUGCGGGGAGGAGCUGCAUCGCCAUACCCUCCAAAUGCCGGCGACAGAGGUGCUUCACCAUAUCCCCCGAAUGGCAUGCAAGGAGGAGUAUCCCCACCCCCAAUGUCAAACAAUAAUAUGCCAAUGGGCAAUCAGCCAAGCUACUUCUAACGAUGCUUAUCAGUUUAUACCUGUCUCUCUAUAUUUCUUACAGUGUGUUUGAUGAGGUUUCUGGUUUCUCAUAAUCUAUUCGGGAAUGUGAUGGUCU